GGGGAGUGGCCCGUUCAGGGUUUUGGCGGGAGAGGCGCAGCGCGCGCUAAGCGUAUUUUUCCUUGAGGAGGUCUUGAAGAAAUCCUGGUGAAAACAUGGAUGCUGAUGAUGACUUGGAUCUGUUGGCCUCCCUCCUGGAUGAAAGUGAGGCAACUGAGGAGAGGAAUCCACCUGAGGAGGAAGAUGCUCCAGAGGAUGAGCAGGGAGAACCAGAUGAAUACGAUGAACUCUUUGAUGAAGAAGAUGAUGUGUCCUACACUGAGGAGGUCAGUGCUGAGGACAGCAUGAUUGAUGAGCAGAAGGAGAACCUGGCUACACUGUUUGGAGAUGUACAUGACCUGCUGGAAGAAGAGGAGGCAGAAGAAGCUGUCCCCACUUCAGCUCCCAGUCAGGCAAAAGAGAAGACCAAUGAAGAACUGCAAGCUGAGCUGAGAAAAUUGCAAGAACAGAUGAAGACAUUACAGGAGCAAUUACAAAAGACUGCUAUUGGGCAGAAAUCCAGCCCAGGCCCUGAGAAGAAAACCCCUGGUAAAUCUCCCUGUCAACCCUUAAAGGAAAGGAAAGUUCAGAAGCUGCAAGAGUCGCCAUGUUUCUCAGCCCAGCUGGGCAAUCCUUUACCGCCAGCCAAGCGAGGAAUCCAGAAAUCAAAUACAACCUCAGCAGAGAACAAGACUCCUCUACGGCAAGUCCUCAGUCUGGCAUUCCAGCCUCUCAAGACUGCCACAGGGAACACACCCAGUAAGGUGACCAGAGAGAAGACUCCUCAUGUGCCUACCUGCUCCAGUGCAACCAGUCAGCCAGUGUCUGUGGAAAAAUUCUCAGGACUGAGGUUAAGAAAACCCCGGGUUUCAUCGGCUGAAAUGGACCGGAAAAUGGCUAAUCGGAAGCUCAUCAGGCUGUCCCAGCUCAAGACUAAACUUGCUACAGAAAAUCUGGAGGAAGUGGACUGGGUAACAUUUGGAGUCAUAGUGAAGAAGGUCACUCCUCAGAGCACAAGUAAUGGCAGAACCUUCAGUAUCUGGCGGCUGAACGACCUACAGGAUCUAAAUCAGUGCGUCUCACUCUUCUUGUUCGGUGAUGUCCACAAAGAACACUGGAAGACAGACCAAGGCACAGUCAUUGGGCUGCUCAAUGCUAACCCUAUGAAACCUAAAGAAGGCUCAGAUGAGGUGUGUUUGUCUGUUGACCAUCCCCAGAAGAUCCUCCUCAUGGGUGAAGCUCUGGACAUGGGCACCUGCAAAGCCAGGAAGAAGAACGGCGAUCCUUGUGCACAGAUCGUGAACCUGAAUGACUGCGAAUAUUGUCAGUAUCACAUACAAUCCCAGUACAAGAAGCUCAGCUCAAAACGGGCAGAUCUGCAGUCCACCUUCUCUGGUGGCCGCAUUCCCAAAAAAGUUGGUCGGAAAAAUCAGAGUUUGAAGGAAAGGCUGUGUCAGGAUGGAUUUUACUAUGGAGGUGUCUCUUCAGCAGCAUAUGCAGCCUCAGUUGCAGCAGCUGCCGUGCCGAAAAGGAAAAUUCAGACCACUCUCUCCAAUCUGGUCGUGAGUGGAGUUGAUGCAAUUGUCCAGGAAACCAGGCAGAAAAUUGGUGCAACAAAGAGACCCAUGCAGUGUUCUGAGGAAUUCCGGGAACUACUGGCACAGCCCACUUUUGGAGCAAGAAACCUUUGCAAACACUGGACCAAAGCAGAUGCUGAAAAGAAGCAGGGAGCCAAUUUCCAGUCUGUCUCUGCUUCUGCACUGCUCAAGCAACAGAAGCAGAAGUUACUGGAAGCCAGAAAAAAGCGAUCUGAAGAGAUUCAGAGGCGGUUUCUCCAGAACACAAGUAAAGCUGGUAGCCCUGGUGUCCCAUCCUCCUCCAGACAGUCCUCACUCCAUUCCCCAGUGCCUGGGGCAGAGUUUCCCAAAGCUGCAAAAAUGUCAAAUCCUCAAAGGCCUAGGCUGGGCACUGGCUUCUCAGAAGGAGAAGAUAUCCUCUUCUUUGAUGGGUCUCCACCUCCAACACCAAAACUAGACAGCUUGGCAGAAGCCAAAAAGCUGGCAGCAAUACACCGACUACGAGCAAAAGGCCAGAUUCUUGCUAAAACUGACCCCAACAGUGUCAAGAGGAAACGAGCUGAUGUUGAUAAAGUCCUAGAAAUUGUUGAAAGAGUUGAGAAGAAUGUUGCUCAGCCACAUGGUAGGGAAGCAGAGGAUGGUGUGGAUGAACUGGAGCCUGCCCUAAAGAAACGGCGUGAGCAGCUGGCCUAUCUGGAGUCAGAAGAGUUCCAGAAAAUCUUGAAUGCCAAGUCCAAACACACAGAUGUCCUGAAAGAGGUUGAGGCUGAUCUGCAGGAGCAAUACUUCCAGCCCCUGGUGAAAAAGGAAGAACUGGAAGAGAAGAUGAGGAGCAUUAAAGCAGUGAAAUGUCGAGUUGUGACGUGUAAAACUUGUAAUUACACGUACUUCAAGCCUCUGGAGACAUGUGUGCAGGAUAACCACGACUACCACUGGCAUGAUGCUAUCAAGCGAUUUUUCAAAUGUCCUUGUGGAUGCCGAGCUAUUUCCCUUGACAGACUCCCAAAAAAGCACUGCAGUACCUGUGGCCUCUUCAAGUGGGAGCGAGAUGGGAUGCUGAAGGAGAAAAAAGGUCCGAAGAUUGGUGGAGAAACACUUCUACCAAGAGGGGAAGAACAACCAAAAUUUCUCAAUAGUCUUAAGUGACCUGGAUUUUAUUCUUUUUUACACAACCUAUGGAUUUCUGUGUGUAAACUAUACAUCCCCCUACUGGAAUACCAAUAGGAUUCUGGUUUUAGGGGUGAAUGAGCAAGGGAGUCAAUUCCUGAUAGAAAUGAUAUCCAUAAAGUCUCUGCCAGCCCCCUGCAUGGAUAUUCAGCUUAGAUCUUUUUCAAAUUGACUGAAUAAGACUGCAUGUGAAAUACACAUUCAUACCUGUUUUUUUUCUUCCUAACAACUUGUUUAUAAGAUAUAACUUAAAGUGAUAUGUAGAGAGGAUAUUUGUACCACAAAAUCCCUAGGCAUACUGCAAUUUAUGUUGAAUGGCUGGUGUAGUGUGACCUCACCUGUGUUUUUAAGUGAUGAAUCAUGAACUGGGAUGGACUGUAGACUCCGUAAGCACUUGUGAAGUUAAUAUUGCAGAGUGUAAAUGCCAGCCUGUCAAGGUUUUUCAGCUGUUGGCUGAAAAGGGGUGUGAGAGGGUUGUAGCUACAGAACAGUCUUCUUUGCCUUCAAGAUUACUCACUUUGAACCUUUAAGAAUAGAUGUCAAAUAGUUUGAGUCGUCUUCCUGGCUUAUGUGUUAAAAAAAGGCACUGUAGUGGUUCAGCACUGCAAACCAGCAGUGUUUGCAAUGCAGAGUAGUGGGAGCUCUUUUGAAAGCCCUUCUCUAUCACGCAGGCCAUACUGGCUUCCCAGCACCAUCCACACUACAGCCCCUUUACAGCUACAAACCUGGAGCUCCCUUUUUGAAAAGGAUUUUAAUGAAUCUGGCACCAUUUGCAAGUGGUUUUAAAGAGCUGAGUGAUUGCAUUUAAUAACUUUUACCCUUUUUCUGGCAUUUUAAAUUUUCCUGAAAUCUCACCCAGUCAUCCCCCUGUCAACCGUGGCUGCUGGCACAGCUGCCUGGGAAACAGUAUCUGUCUCAGACCAAGCAGAACGAUAUCUCUGAGGGUUGGAUCCCGAGUAGGAUCUUUAUACAGACAUUUUUAUGAAAGCACAUCUCUGUAGGGAUGCCUGUGGCAUUUGACCAGCUUUUCCUGGGCCUGAUCCUUCUGCUGCCCCCAGCUCAUGCCCAGCAGAAUCACAGAAUGUCUUUAAAUGCCUAACCCCCCUCAGUGGUUUGGUGAAACUGGCACUUGCAGUCUCACAUGUCCCAGUGGCUUUGUCAACGUCUUUCAUUUUCUUGCACGUGGGCUGGAAAAGAAAUCAGUUACUUUAUUUCAAGCAACUGGACAGAUUUACCUCAGUAUCCUGCCCAAAUCUCCUACAGGUGCUUUUGCUGGGCAGCUUUGCUCAGCAUAUUGUGUUCAUUUCAGUCUGAUGUUGAUACCUUUUGAUGAGUAGGGUGUCACUGGUACGUGAAUAAAUAUGUAACUGUGACAUUGCUUAGCACUGUCUCCUCUUGAUUCCUCAUUCAGAAUAAAUACAGUGCACAAUAAAACACCCCCGGGGUUUGUAUGGCAUUAUUUCUCUGAGGAAGAGGUUGAUGUUCUUGCUCAAAAUCUUUAUUUGCCCAAGAUCUUGGUGUUGAAUGACCAAAAUGAAUUGGUUUGUGGUCUGUAGCUCUGGCUGCCACACUGUUUUCUCAUUCAGACCAGCAGGAGUUUCUCGCCUAAUGUCCACAAAAUCUGGACUCGAUGACCCAGUGGGUCCCUUCCAACCUAGUCAUUCUGUGAUUCUAUGAUCAGCAUCAGCCUUUGGCUGGUACAUUGAGAGCUUCAGGCUUUUUCCAGUUCCUGUCUCUUCGGCCAGUGGAAAGGAGAUUUCUGCAGAAAUUGAACUGUUAAAGGUGGUGUAACACUUUGUCUUCUUAAAUGCUCCCAGGACUGUGAUAUGUAGGAAAGGUGUGUGCCUCCUUGGGAGCCAGGGAAUAAAAGCAAUACUGUAAUUCAUCCUUGUAUGUAGAAAAUAAGAUGAAACCAAGUCCAAUUGCUUUGCUUAAAUCCCAGCUGUAAAUGAAGAGUUUACAGGAGAAGAUUGAUGUAAUGAAUUUUAUGUGCUUCAGUCUAUUUCUGGAGAUACUUUUCUUGUGCCAGAGAUGGCUUCAGCCCAGCUGAGGCAGGCAGGAGCGGAGCUGCCCUCUGGGGCACAUCAGUGUGAGUGCACAGCCCCAGCGCGGUGCCAGAGCAGCCCGCGGAGUCUCCAGUCCAUACUGAGCCAAUACGUUUCCGCCAAUACUUGGGAGUGAGAGCAGAGGCAGAGACCCCCAAGAGGCGGCUCAGGCACGACAUGACAAGCCCAGCUGGGUCUAUUCUGUCACUGAAGCUGCCCCAAUUUUGGGAACAAGAUACAAAGACCUUGAGCCUUGCAAUGAAGAAACCUGACUGCAUGCCAGGCUCUGUUAGCAAGAGAGCAGCUAGCAGGUUGAGCGAUGUGAGUUGGCCUCGACACCACCAGUGGAUAUAAGGCAUUCAGCUGGAUUAAUUUGACAGAAACCACCACUGCUGUCAGCAUUGCUGGUGAAUCAAGCCAGCAGUGUUGCUGAAGCUGUCGUGUCCCUUAAAUUGUUAAACAAAGCCAUGCUGGAAAUGUAAUGCUGAAAGUGUGUUCUCAGAGCCAUUAUUAAGAUUUGCAGAG